AUGUUGAAAAAGGUAAAAAGAACGGAAUCGCUAGAACACACCAAACUGCUUUGGAGGCAGUUGGAGGUGGUACAAGAUGCAAUGGAAAAUAUGGAAUUGUGUGAUGUUUGGAGAAUUUUUAAUCCAGAUUGUAAAAGAUACAUCUGGCGCCAGAGACAGCCAGAAGUUCACUGCAGUCUUGAUUUUUUCUUAGUUAGUCAAUCCAUACUAGGUAUAAGUACUUAUACAGAUAUCACACCAGGAUUCAAAACUUAUCAUUCUCUGAUAACGCUUAGCCUAUCUUUACAUUCUAAUCCUAGGGGAAACGGUUUUUGGAAGCUAAAUACGUCUCUACGCGCUGAUAACAAUUUUACUGAAACAAUAAAAAUAGCGAUACAAGAAACAGCUAACAAAUACAAGGACGAUAACCUGGUUAACCCUCUAUUACUGUGGGAUAUGAUAAAACUAAAAGUCCGCGAAAAAUCGAUUACUUAUUCCGCUCCCAUUAAAAAAGCAAAAGUAAAAAAAAAGAGGAGCUGGAGAAACGACUUGACAAUACUUGUAGCAAUGAUCCGCCAGUGA